CGGUAGCUAAGUUCAAGCGAUGUAGCUCUGAUUACAUUAUACACAUCCGUAGCCCUAUAUUUCAGCCAAAAUACUAUACACCUUAUACAGUAGCAGCAGUGUUUACUAUUUAUUUAAUAUGACAUUCGAAGGAAUACUACAAUUUUACAACUGCUACGACACCACUGAUUAUUAAUCACUCUUCACGGCACAAGCAUUUAAUUUAUACAAAAUAAGGAUGUCGGACUUGAAACUAUCACUGGAAGAAGAGCUACCAUCGCCGGACUUGUUCUCAGAUCCUGAAAUUGGAACAAAUAUCUCUGUUGCAGGAACUUCGGAUGAAACGAGUUCGACAUCUGCAGGAUAUGUUGAACCAGAUUUAACUAGCGACGAUCCUGAGUGGAAAGGAAUAAGUAUGGAGGAAAUUUACAAACACCAUGGACCAUUUGACUGGCAUCAUCUUCCACCUAUACACCCUUCUCCUUCUCAUACAAUUUUAUUUGAAUUACCUCUUCCAAAUCGGGGUCCACCUAGACCUCAUCCAGUGCAAGCAGUUGAUAAAUGGAACCAGGAUUGUGUUCGCAUGCCUCAUUCGGUUCAUAGUCUUUAUCCCAUUGAUCCAGAAAAUGAAGCCACCGGUGGUUUUAGACGUAGGUGGGAAGUUAUACAAGAGUCAUUGUUACAAAAUUUUAUGUCCAGUCAUCAGUUAGAAGCUUCCAUUCUAUCAUAUAAUCAUAAGUAUGCUGAGAGAUGGGAUUUUGCUGCGCUGCACUAUUUUUUCAAUGAGUACAUUGAUGAAGAGGAGGCCAAAAUGUGUCUGGGUUCCUUAAUACCAAAAAUAGUUCAACUUGCACUUCAACUUCCUGACUUGAUUACUGGACCAAUUCCAUUAUUGAAACGUCAGAGAAAUACAACAAUCAGCUUAAGCCAGCUACAAGUUGCUUCUUUGCUCGCCAAUGCAUUUCUAUGUACAUUUCCAAGGCGUAAUUCUACAAAUCCACAGUCUGAAUAUGGAUCUUUUCCUUUUAUUAACUUUAACAAGCUAUUUUCAUCCUUCAGAGAAGAAAGGCAUUCAAGGAGUCACGCUGUGAUGGAAAAAUUAAAGUGCAUUUUUCAUUAUUUUAGAAGAGUUACAUCAAAAGCACCUGAAGGUACAAUAACGAUACAGAGAAGGUUUGUACCUAAAAAGAGUUGCCCUAGAUGGGAUAAGCAGCAUGUUAAGUUACCAGCGCUACAUAUCACUAGCAAAGGAACUAUUGAAUCCCAAGGAGCUGGUCUUUUACAAGUCGACUUUGCAAAUAAAUACGUUGGUGGUGGGGUUUUAAACUAUGGUUGUGUUCAAGAAGAAAUUAGAUUCGUUAUUUGCCCAGAAUUAAUGGUCACAAUGUUGGUAACUGAAGCUUUAGAUGACACUGAAGCACUCAUUAUUAACGGCGUUGAAAGAUAUAGUCGAUAUGAAGGCUAUAGCAGCAGUUUUAAAUGGGCUGGAGAUUUCACAGAUGAAACCCCAAGAGAUAGCAGUGGAAGACUGAAAACGUGCAUUGUAGCGAUCGAUGCGUUGUAUUUUAAGCAGCCAAAUGUACAGUUUAACAUGGGUAAUGUGAUACGCGAACUGAACAAGGCCUACGUAGGAUUUAGUUCGGAGAUAGUUUCGAAUAACAUGCCAGCCGUUGCAACUGGUAAUUGGGGCUGCGGAGCGUUUCGUGGGAAUCCUCAAUUAAAGGUUUUAGUUCAAUUGAUGGCUGCCGCAGUAGCGGGCCGAUCGAUGGUGUACUUUACUUUUGGCGAUACGAAUCUAAGGGACAGCGUGGCGGACAUGUACUGGCACCUUAUACGUCACGACGUGGACAUAGGCCGUUUAUUUGCCUUGCUAUCUCAAUACCAAGAAACACAACCUGAAAAUCGUUCGGAUUUUUACCGUUUUUUAUAUAACCGAAGUAAAAUAAAACCUCUGACGCACUAUUUUAAUGCGGACAAGAAGAGCCCGGCGAAGAGGCCAAAUCAGGAAAGUAAGACUCCCGAGGAGAAGUUGAAAUUCAAUUUCGACUUCAAGAAGCAUGCCUGCAUCGCCAAACUCAAGGAGGAUGAAUUAGAGGAAAAAAUCGAAAAGUGGCUCGAAAACGUCGAGGAAGACCGCGAACUUCUGGAAGAAGAGUCACAGGAAGCCGUAAAAAUGGAAGUCGAGGAUGAGUCCAGCGAAACGAAUGAUACUAAUAAGACUGAUACCGCGACGGAAAGUAACAAACCCGCUUCUACAGCUAACAAAAAGAAGAAGCAGACUUUCGGUGAACUUUUCGGAGAGGUCGAGGCAGUGGAAAAUGCACCGAAAAAGAAGAUUACAAAUCUGGACUUUUUGGAUAAGUUAUUGACGGCAGAACCAGGACCUGUCGAAAACCCACUGCAGAAAAGCGUGUCUAUGGAAAUAGACAUUAAAAUGGAUAAGAAGGAAGACAAAACACCCAAAAGCACGCCCAAGCUGGCGAGGACGAAGAAGAGCUUGCCCAGUGACAAGAAGGACAGCCAGAUGAAGAUACACGACUUUUUCAAAAAAAAAGACUAGACACUACUCAACAAAUUGUGAUCGCGUUUACUAAUUUAUACUAUGCAGACAAAUUAUGCCACUGUAAAAAGCCGUCGUUAUUGUAAAUACUCUGUGAAAAGCAGCCGAUCGAAUAAAAUUCCUGUUUUUAUAAAA